AUGGACAGUUUCAAGAAACACCAGAGGAUCCAUUCAGGGGGUAAUCCAUUUGAGUGCUCAGAAUGUGGAAAGAGUUUAAGUAGCAUUAGCAAACUCAAGAGACACCAGAGGAUCCAUACAGGGGAAAAACCAUUUAAGUGCAUUCAAUAUGGAAAUAGCUUUAGUACCAAGACUAUACUCAAGACACAUCAGAUGAUCCAUACAGGGGAAAAGCCAUUUGAGUGCUCAGAUUGUAAAAAGGAAUUUAAAUGCGGAAAGAGUUGUAGUAACAAGGGCCACCUCAAGACACAUCAGAUGAUCCAUACAGGGGAAAAGCCAUUUGAGUGCUCAGAUUGUAAAAAGACAUUUAGUCAAAUAGGCAAUCUCAAGACUCACCAGAGGGUCCAUACAGGGGAAAAGCCAUUUGAGUGCUCAGAUUGUAAAAAGACAUUUAGUAAAAUAAGCAAUCUCAAGAGACACCAGAGGACACAUACAGGGGAAAAACCAUUUGAGUGCCCAGAAUGUGGAAAUAAGUUUGGUCACAUGAGCAGUCUCAAGAAACACCAGAGGGUCCAUACAGGGGAAAAGCCAUUUGAGUGCCCAGAAUGCGGAAAGCGUUUUAGUCAUAUGGACCAUCUCAGAAAACACCAGAUGAUCCAUACAGGGGGAAAGCCAUUUAAGUGCACUCAAUGUGGAAAUAGCUUUAGUCAAAUAGGCAAUCUCAAGAGACACCAGAGGACACAUACAGGGGAAAAACCAUUUGAGUGCUCAGAAUGUGGAAAGCGUUUUAGUCACAUGCGCAGUCUCAAGACACACCAGCUGAUUCAUACAGGGGAAAAACCAUUUGAGUCCUCAGAAUGUGGAAAGAGAUUUAGUCAAAUGAGCAUGCUCAGAAUACACCAGAGAAUCCAUACAGGGGAAAGACCAUUUGAGUGCUCUCAAUGUGGAAAGAGUUUUACUGAAAUGAGCACUCUCAAGAAACACCAGAUGAUCCAUACAGGGGAAAAGCCAUUUGAGUGCUCAGAAUGUGGAAAGAGGUUCAGUAUCAUUAGCAGCUUUAAGACACACCAGAGGAUCCAUACAGGGGAAAAGCCAUUUGAGUGCUCAGAAUGUGGAAAGUGUUUUAGUAGCAAGAAGUACCUCAAGGUACACCAGAGGAUCCAUACAUUGGAUAAAACAUUUGAGUGUUCAGAAUGUGGAAAGAGCUUCAGUUGCAUUGGCAGCCUUAAGACACACCAGAGGAUCCAUACAGGAGAAAAGCCAUUUGAGUGCUCAGCAUGUGGAAACAACUUUAGUCAAAAGACACAUCUCCAGCAACACCAGAGGAUCCAUACAGGGGAAAAACCAUUUGAGUGCCCAGAAUGCGGACAGCGUUUUAGUCAUAUGGGCCAUCUCAGGCAACACCAGAGGAUCCAUACAGGGGAAAAGCCAUUUAAGUUCCAUCUGCCUGGCCGACCCCCUCACCCAGGACAAGGCCAAGGGGCUACUGGACAAGGCCCUCGCACAGAGGCCCGACUACAUCAAGGCAGUGGUCGGGAGCAGAAGUACGACGAGGGCAUCACGUUGCUAAGGAACAUGUUAGCCAAUCAGAGCGACUGUGUGCUGCACAGGAUGCUGGGAGAUUUCCUAUUCGCCGUCCAGGAGUACCAGGAGUCAAUCGACCAAUACAGCAUAGCACUCAGCCUGGACCCUAAUGACCAGAAGUCGUUGGAGGGGAUGCAGAAGAUGGAGAAGGAGGAGUCUCCGAUGGACGCCACGGUGGAGCUGGAUGGAGACGACAUGGAGGGCAGCGGAGAAGACGCAGAGCUGGAGGGCAGCGACAGCGAAGCAGCGCAGUGGGCAGACCAGGAGCAGUGGUUUGGAAUGCAGUGA